AUUUUUCCAAGAGCCGUCUUAACCGAACAAAUAUCUGGAGCCUCCAUCACCGUCUUCAACGGCGACUUCUUCGAUCGCCGGAAGGUAUUUUCUGAUGAAACGCGGCGAGAAAUUUGCUGAGAGAGUAAUCUUAACUGCUUUACGGGAGAAAUCGUGUCUGAUAUGCCUCGAAAAUCUAACCGAGCGACGAUCCGCCGCCGUUAUUACAGUAUGUAAGCACGGAUACUGCCUUGCUUGUAUUCGGAAGUGGAGACCAUAUAGCUGCAACACUCGUUUUAAUUCCUGGUUUAUCGUCAGUGAUUUUGCUUCUAGAAAAUACCACAAGGAGCAUUUACCGAUUCUUCGUGAUCGUGAGACUUUAACUUAUCAUCGGAAUAAUCCUUCCGGUCGCCGGAGGAUAAUUCGAAGGUGGAGGGAUGUUUUGGAAAACUCUAGCUCAAGAUCAAGGCCAUUGCCAUGGCGGAGAUCAUUUGGACGGCCUGGUUCAGUUCCUGAUUCUAUCAUCUUCCAGCGAAAGCUUCAGUGGCGAGCUAGCAUAUACGAUAAGCAAUUACGAGCUGUUCGAUUACAUUCGAGGCGAAGCUUGGAACUAUGUUUGGCGGGGAAUGAUCAGACAAGAGCAAAGAUAACUGAAAGAAUUGAGCCAUGGAUUAGAAGAGAGCUUCAGGCAGUCCUUGGAGAUCCUGAUCCAUCAAUUAUUGUUCAUUUUGCGUCAGCUCUUUUCAUCAAAAGGCUUGAGAGAGAGAAUAAUCGACAUUCCGGGCAGACCGGGAUGUUGGUGGAAGACGAAGUCUCCUCUCUCCGAAUAUUCUUGUCUGAUAAGGUGGAUAUAUUUUGGCAUGAACUAAGAUGUUUCGCGGAGAGUAUUCUCACGAUGGAGACGUAUGAUGCAGUGGUUGAAUACAAUGAGGUGGCGUACUAGCAGUAAAAAACACAGAUAACCGAGCACUAUGCUCUCGCCAAAUGAAGCAAAUAGACAGACUUACAACACGACUGUUAGUCUCUUGGAAGUUCAAUAGUGGAAAGAGUGGACCAGGUAAGACACAAAUCAAGAGUUAGAGAGUAGGUAGGAGGAAAAUGUUGAGAUGAUGCAAGUUUAGGUGUGGGGUUAGUUUUGAGAUAGCUAUAGGUGAUUUCUCAAAUAGCUGACACUUAGUCUCUCUACUUCCAUAAUGUACGUCUCUUCUACGCCAAAAAUUCUCACCCCCAAAUUUUCCUUCCAACGCUUUUCCUCACCUCAUCAAUUUUUCUUACGUUUCGAGUACCACCUAUUUCAGCGACAUUAAAUAUUGUGUAAUAGCAUUGACUGUCAAUUUUUUAA